AAAGACUCGGAGUCGCUCGAUUCUGUUUAUUGUAGAUAACCUACGGAGGUUUUGCGAUGAUUUGCGCAUGCGCGCGCAGUAGCAAAUGAACGAAUAACUCUCCGAGACUACUCGUUCUACUGAUUCACGUUAAAGAUUCGUUCAAAAAGAAAGAAUCGUUCAUAAACGACCCAUCGCUACUUCUUAGUGUUUUUGUGCGGGCGGAAUCAUGAAUAUUUUCAGACUCACAGGGGACCUCUCGCAUUUAGCUGCCAUCUUCAUCCUGCUGCUGAAAAUAUGGACGAGCAGGUCGUGUGUAGGUAUAUCUGGAAAAAGCCAAGUUUUGUUUGCAUUAGUGUUCACGACACGCUACAUGGACCUUUUUCACACGUUUAUCUCUCUGUACAACACUACAAUGAAGGUUAUCUACAUUGGAUGCGCGUAUGCCACAGUGUACCUGAUCUAUGGCAAGUUCAAAGCCACCUAUGACAGAAAUCAUGACACUUUCAGGGUGGAGUUCCUGGUUGUGGCUGUAGGUGGCCUUGCUUUACUCGUCAACCACGACUUCUCUGGUCAGGAGAUCCUCUGGACGUUCUCCAUCUACUUGGAGUCGGUGGCUAUCCUUCCCCAGCUCUUUAUGACGAGCAAGAUCGAAGAGGCUGAGACCAUCACCUAUGCAUUCUAUGCUUUUUUCCUGUGCCUCUAUCGUGCCCUGUAUCUCGUCAACUGGAUCUGGCGAUUCUACUACGAAGGUUUCUUCGACACGAUUGCCAUCGCUGCAGGCGUCGUUCAGACCAUUAUGAAUUGUGGUUUCUUCAUUUUCUAUGUAACCAAAGUGCGAAAGGACAAGCUGAGUUUGCAACAGCCCUUUAGCGUUUGUGGGUAUUUUCCUCAAACCCUGACCAGCUGGGACAGUUCCGGAUCCAGUUGUUAAACUCCUCCAGUAUCCAUGUUUUAUGCGUCUUACCCUUUUUUAUUACUUAACGUUUCCCACAUGCAGAGUAUACUUUAUACAUACGUUUAUAUAUUUGCUGUCAUAUUUAUUUCUUCUUUUUUUUCUUAACAAUAUUUUUUUAUUGAUUUUAAACGGGGAUAUAACAGGGUGAACAUGUAAUGUUUUAAUACAGGUUUUAUAACCCCCUUACAAACCCUAUAGCACCCACCUCUCCCCUCCCUGACUCCAAGCCAGUUUUACAUGCAUAAGAAAGGCUAAA